AUGAGUAAUAUUCCAAUUAAUUCCAAUAAUUAUAUAAAUAAUAGUAUGGCAUCUAAUGUAGCGAUAGCUCAAGAAACUAUCCAUAAUGCAGUAUCGUCGAAUCCUAACGUAAACGUAAGCAGUAACAACAACAACAACAACAACAACAACAAUAAUAAUAUUACUACUACUAUUAGUAAUAGCAAUAAUAGUACUAAUACUAAUGAUAACAUCAAUAUAAUCAAUAAUAGUAACAACUAUAAUAAUCCAACGCCAAUAAAUUUGAAUCCAAAUUUCAAUAUCAAUCCUAAUAUGAUAGUAAAUCCAAACGAGAUAGUGUCAAUUGAAGAUCAAAAACAAUAUAAGAUCCAAUUAUUACUCCAUAUAAAUAGUGUACUAUUAGCAAGAGUGAUACAAUUGACUAAUAUUGCUAACAACAAUAACAACAAUAAUUCAAAUAACAAUGUACCUGAAUCCAUACAACGAAUAAUAUCACAAAGUUUAAAAAGAGUGCAUGCCAAUUUACAGUGUAUAUCACAAAUAAACCAAGGUAUAUUACGUGCCAAACCAGUUAUAUUAGAUCCACCAGAGAUCCUUAACAAUAACAACAAUAGCAAUAGUAAUAACCCUUCCAAUAAUCCACCACAAGAUAUCUUAAUGAAAUUAUAUAUACUAAUGGGAAGAAUAUUUGAAUUUUGGUAA